CAACUGCUCGAGAAAAUGUUAAAGUUACUGUUCGAUUACGACCUCCAAAUGAAACUGAGCUCGCCAGAACUGAUUAUAAUAUCUGGGACGUCGAUUCCAAUGAACACAGAUUAUCAUUAGAACGGAAUUUUGCCGAAAAGAAUCGAAAACAAUUAAGCGAGUUUUUUUAUGAUGAAAUUUUUACUGGUAGUGAUAAUAUAGCUUUAUUUGACCGUGGAGUUAAAGAUACAAUCAAAGCUACCAUGGAAGGUUUCAAUGGUAUGU